GCCCUAGUACGUACAGCGAUACUCAUCACGGGGAGUGCAGCUCACUGCAGUGUAACGAAAGUAGUUUACAUUUCACAGGCUCUCCAGCGCCACGCCAAGCCCGUGUCCUAUUCUAUCGGUUUUAAAUUUGCGUAGAACCAUUCUAACGCACCGGGAUUUUGGAGAUAUUUCUGAGCGCAUGCGAAUGUAAGAGUCAACCUGGAUCAUAUGUAUAUCCUAUAUGCGCUCUCCAGCGGCAAAACCUGACGAGGGGAGUUAACUGAGAGAGUUCUGCUAUGUAAACUGACACCAGCAUCUUUCUCGAUUCCUCGUUGUUUUGAAAGAAACCAUGGGGAGACAAAGACGCUAUGACUAAAUGGUUUUUGUGUUCGAAAAUGUGGAAACUUUGAUCAAUGAAGGUUUUAUUCCAUCUUGGACUUAACUAGGCUCGACAAAAGACUGCGUUCCGAUAUUCCGUGCUUUACGGAGUCGGUUGUGCUAAAAGACUUGACAACCUGAAUAUUACAUUGUAACAACUACGAGUAGGCACUGUACCUACACUACCUACACUAAGGCUUCCGAGGGGGGACUGCCUUGAGUGUCUCUAGCUACCACCACUCGUCGUCCAAUCAGAAGAGCCGCACAGCGGUUUAAGAGCAGGACUUGACUAGAGACAUGGGCGGGGCUAAAGUCCUGCUCCUGAUGCUCGUCAUUGGCUGGGACAAGACGAUGUGUGUCAACUGGAAUCCAAUCCCUCGCAAGACCGUCCGGCACAGUGAAGUGUCUGACAGCAUGGCGCAGUUUCACGCGGCGGGAGUGUGCAGCUACAGCAUCUUGACGCUGUCCGAAAACGACAGUGUACUCUAUGUCGGUGCGAGAGAGGCCCUCUUCGCCCUGGACCCCAACGACAUCAGCAAGCAACUGAGGCCUCAGAUUGACUGGCCAGCCCCUCAGGACAAGAAGAAAGAGUGCGCUUCGAAGGGGAAAAAUAACCAGACCGAAUGCUUCAACUAUAUCCGACUCCUGCAGAGCUACAAUCACACAUAUCUCUACACCUGCGGCACAUACGCCUUCCAGCCCAAGUGUGCCUACAUUAACGCUGACCACUUCAGUCUCAACACUGCCGCCCUGGAGGAUGGCAAGGGAAAGUGUCCAUACGACCCUGCAAAGAGCUACACCGGCCUCAUUGUUGAUAAAGAACUGUAUUCUGCCACCUUCAACAAUUUCCUGGGCACUGAACCGGUGAUUCUGCGUAACCUGGGCCAGCAGCACUAUAGUAUGAAAAGUGAACCUACAUGGCUGGGUGAGCCGGAGUUUGUGGGCUCAGCCGUGGUGAGGGAGAGCCAGAAAAGCAGCGAUGGUGAUGAUGAUAAGAUCUACUACUUCUUCAGUGAGCGAGCCGUCGACCUGGACUGUGAUCCAGAGCUCACCGUGGCCCGAGUGGCCAGAGUCUGCAAGGGAGAUGUGGGGGGCACUCUGACCCUGCAGAAGAAGUGGACCACUUUCCAGAAGGCUCAUCUGGUGUGCUCGCUCCCAGACCGCCACGUCACCUUCAACAAGUUGCGGGCCGUCUUCACCCUGCCCGACAAAAAGGACUGGAAGGGCACCAGCUUCUUCGGCCUCUUCCAUGCCCAGUGGGGUGAUGUGGACGUAUCUGCUGUGUGUCAGUACAAGAUCGACGACAUGAAGAAGGUGUUUAACGGACCUUAUAAGGAAUUCCAGCAGGGUUCUGGGCGCUGGACCCGGUACAGAGGCGCUGUCCCCAGUCCCAGACCAGGAGCAUGCAUCACCAAAUGGCACCGGGACCACAGCUACAACAGCACCCUGCUGCUACCAGACACCACCCUCAACUUCGCCAAGAACCACCCGCUGAUGGAAGAACGGGUGGAGGCGCAUCCCCUGCUGCUCACCAAGGGCGUCAACUUCACCCGGCUGGCAGUGGACCGGGUCCUCUCGCUGGACAGGCGGCAGUACAACGUGCUCUUCAUCGGCACAGCGGACGGUUGGCUUCAAAGGGUUGUAAUCCUGGGUACUGAGGCCCACGUGAUUGAGGAGAUCCAGCUGUUUGAUUCCCCACAGCCCGUGGACAGCCUGACCAUAUCCCAGAAGUAUUUGUAUAUUGGCUCGAGCUCCGCAGUUCUCCAGCUGCCCUUGGCCAACUGCAGCCGCUACCACUCUCAGCCAGACUGCCUGCUAUCCAGGGACCCGUACUGCGCCUGGGACAGCGAGGGACGGGCCUGCGUCCGCCACGACCUCCACCGCGGCUCGACCUCCACGCUGACACAGGACCUCAUGCUGGAGAGAUUCAGCCGAGGCAAGGCCAAGUUUGACAAGCCCGUGUCCAUCCCCAGCCCGGAGCACUCCAGACUGAGGAACGUGACUGUAGUUGUCGGGUCCGACCUGGUGCUCCCCUGCCACCUCGUGUCCAACCUGGCCCAGCCCUCCUGGCUCCUGAAUGACAGGGAGCUGCUCCUGGGCAAUGAGGGCAGCUCUGGGCCCCGGUUUGACCAAGCCCUGAAGGCCCUGGUGGUCCCCGAGGCAGGCCCCCACCAGGCAGGUCGCUAUGUGUGCUACUCGGAGGAGCAGGGAGUCAAGUUCCAGACGGAGCGCUAUCAGGUGGCAGUGGUGGCCAGCGCCCCCGUCUUCAUGGAGGCCCGGGCUCCAGACGGCAGCAUGGGGCUCUUCUGGGUGCUGGUGAUCACCCUGGGGGCGGCCUGCCUGCUGCUACUCAUCGUCGCCCUCUACCUGCGGCGCAGGCUGAAGCUGGCCCUGGGCAAAGGCGCUGAGAUGAAACCCUUGGAGAGCACGCUGGUGUACCCCAUCACGCUGCCCAAGGAGCCUCCCACGUUUGUGCCCAGCAAGAUGCCCAACGACGAGGACCGCUUCUGGGAGACGGGCGCCAACUACUACUACUCGGACGGCUCGUUGAAGAUCGUACCGGGGCACGCACUUUGCCCUGCAGCCAGCUCCUCAUCCCCCAGUGCCAUCCCGGGCCAGCCCAUCCACUCGCCCAGCCGCCUGAGUUUGACCAACAUCCGCAACUCGGGCACCAACGGCUACAUCCGGCUCAACCUGAGCACGGCUGCGGAGGAGAGGAGCAGUGGGGGAGGCAUCAUCAGCGGGGGAGGCGGGGGUGGGGCCCUCGGAGGUGGCUUAGGUGGGGGAAUCAGCGGAGGCGGGAACGACUACUCUAGCCCCUUCAGGGAGGAGCUGCGCCGGACCCUCCAGCAGAGGACCGUCCUGCCCGACGCCAACCCCGAGGAGUCCUCUGUGUAAGGCAGCGGACGGACUAGCCCAGCAAAGUGACCUACCUCCCUCCUGGACGGAGACUUCUUUCUCUCUCUCUCUCACUCACUCGCUCACUCACUCUCUCACUCAGUCACACUCGCGACUGAACCCUCCCUCCUUACCUCUCUCUCGUUUUCUCCCUCUCUGCCAGUGCUUGUUCAGCUCAAUGUGACAAAUUCUUGUCCCCGCGCUCCAAAACCUGCUUCGUUGUGCCCUUCAACCUGCACACACAACAGAGACUCCAGCUCUGUUCAAGCCUGCUUCCCCCUAACCGACACAUCGCAACCUCUGCCGUAACCACAAGAUCCUUUGUGCAAUUUUUACGUUGUGUAAAUUCUGUAUCAAAAAAACACUGUAAGCGGCAACCUGUGAAAUUGCACCUUGUCAUGUCACAUCUGGUUUAGGGUCAGAGGUCACUUGUUUAUGUGAAGACUGAAUAGAAUACAUUGAGCCAGCCACCCAGACAGACCUUGACCAGGAGCUGAAAUGCUCAGGCAUGCUGCGAGAGACUCUGUUGGACAGACUUGCCUCUUUCCUGUUUCGGAGGUCAGGUUAUUUGCUUGCUGCACUUUCACCGCCGUCGGAGCACAUUUUAUUUCCUUAAGUGAGCAGAGAGAGAGAGCCUGAGAGUGAUUUACAGGAUGAAUUGAAAACUCAGACUAAGCACGACGACAAUCAUGUGCACCUCCACUAGGCCACACCUGGCGGGGGCUGCACAGCGACGGAGAGAGAGGGGAAAAAAACAAGUGAGCUGUGUGAGGACAGCGUAAAAAAAGACAUGCAAAUGAAGAAGUUCAGACUUUUCUCAAAAGCUCAUUUAGUACAUUUUUGUCUCACAUUGUGUUUCCUCUUGAGAAUGUUUUCCAGCCCCUCAGCACUAAUAUAUUGUGAUGGUGUAAAUUAGAACAUUCCUAUGUUCAUUUUGUAUUUUCCACGGAAGAAUGGACACAAGAGCUGAUGACCAGUCGCAGCUCAGUCGAAUCACCCUGUGUUAAAUGAGCGUGAAUUAGAAUGUGAAAGGAACACUUAUUCCCAUCUCGCUUUCAUCUUGCCAGUGGGAGUCACUUUCACUGUGCAGGAUGAAGCCAGAGGAUGACAAAACCCACUGUAAGACGACUGUGUUUGAAAUGUUAUAUGAAGAUGACUGCAUUGGAUGUCUCUACAAGUGCAUUAUUGUGUGCGUUUUAGUGGGGGGGUGAUGAGUAGAACUGCCAAAAAAAAAAAGUAUGAAAGAUGAUGGAAACAAGCCCUGUGCCACCAUUUGUAUGCCAAAUUAAAUGUAGGUGGGUGAUGAUGUAAUGUCCCCUGGAGCAUCCAACGGAAAUAUUCUGGGACACUGUGUCCCUGUGUUCCUUGCCCUGUUGAAUGUCAAGUGUAGGAUGGAUGGUGUUCAGUGGAAGGGGCGAACAGCCCUUGGAGAACCGCUGAAGACGUGAUUGGGGCGGACGGGCAGGCUGAUGUGCCUGGAUGCCCCAUAGAGGGCUGCGUUGCUGAUGAAACACAGUGGUGGUUUUAUGGUGCAUCAGAGACUGUAAGACUCCAAGAUGACAGUCUGGUUAUUAACCACAAGAGGAGAGAAAUGAAAGGGGUUUUAGAGGAUUGAAAUGACCCCAUGGGUGAAGAGGUACUUUCAUGGCCGCUAUUGGUUCAUGUUGCAUGAUCUGCUACACGUGUUCAGUACUAUCCAUUUCCAUAGCCAUUACAAUAGAAUUGUUUGUUUUUUCAGUAACUGGACGAGCACGUUUUGUUUUUUCUCAAGUGAAGUUUCUAGUUUAGGGUUACUAGUGGCUUAAAUAAAACCAAUUUAUGUGUUGUGACAUGUUUACUUUAGCUGUGCCUCUUCACCUUGGGUUAAGCCAAAGCAGACUGCAUUUUUAUUUCUUACUCUUUGGUUCCAUCUGAUUUUGUGCAUUGCUUCAUUUAACAUUUAAGUCCGUCCACUGCACCAACCACAACUGAUUUCUGCUCUCUCGACUAAUGCACAUUUAUUCAAUAAAACCCUCUCAUCCAUAGUAAAAGAACACUUUCAAGAACACAAAGCAUGCCAGAGUACUUUUUUCUACUGUUCAGUUUCUAUGCGUAGCAAUUCAUAUGUGAGAGACCCUGACAACUAAGAAUCCCCGUGAUCUAAUGCAUAGUUUGUGAUUCAGACUGGACCUAAGUCAGCAUGUCUCUUUGUCUUGUUGGGGUUUCUGGAUGUUUUACAGUUUCAAAGCCCUGUGUACACCAUGCACCCUACAGUCAAACUUAAAGAGCUCUCAGGGCCAAAAUCUAAAGCUUCAUCUUUUCUCUAUAUUAUUAUUGCAGACCUGUGAUCUUUCAUUUCUUCUUUUGAGACAAACUGGGUUGGUUUCCUUUAAGCAACACGCUGCUGCUUUGUUGAUAGGUGAUGGUAAAUUAUUGUUGGACUGUCUGGAAACUAACUUACAAAUACUUUGAAGAUACAGGAUUCUGGCUGCUGCUGUAUCAAAUGCACGGUUUCUGUGUAUUAAUUCUGAUCAUGUCCAAAUCAUUAUUCUUUGUUCCGGACAGGGCCUUUGUUUUUAGGCCUAUUUCUCAUAAUGCUUUAAUUUUGCUGUUUGUUUAUUUGGAUGUUUUUUUUUUUUUAUUAACAUAAUGCCUAUUUCUGUCAUGUCAUGUACAUUCUUCCUUGUUGCAUUUUAAUAUUCUGUUUUUUUAUUUUAAGUUUAAUGUUUAAGUAACUUAUUUUGUGUGUAAAAAUGUCAAUAUUUAUUACCAUUGUACAUAUUUCCCUAUUUUUUAUAUAUGUAUAUAAACAUGAAAUAAAAGUAGAGAUCAAUUCA